AUGAAGACCUCGGUGGACGGGGAAGAGAGGGUGAUGGCGGCGGCGCAGCAGAUCGUUAGGAGCCUUGGAACCUCGAAGAACAUGAAGGAGGACAUGCUCCUCAUCCUUUCCAGCUUCGACAACCGGUUCUCAAACAUCACGGACCUCGUCAAGGGUGGAGGGAACGCGCGAUUGGCGGCCGCGGAGGAGGUCAUCUGUCGUUGGGGGGAUUCCUCGUCUGGGACCUCCCGCGGCUUCAUCCCGUGGGAGGAUUCGCCGGACGAGGUGGCCGAGUACCUGGCCGCCGUCGACGAUAUCAUCUCCCUGACGGAGGGGGCUGGCCAGGAGUCCGCUGACGACGCUGAGAUCCUCGAUCGAGCGGAUAACGUGCUACAGAUGGCCAUGGACCGGCUGGAGGAGGAGUUCCGCCGUAUCAUGAUCCAGAACACGGUGCCGAUGGACACUGCCAACCUCUAUGUGUCCAGCCGGAGCAUGUCCCUCUCCUUUGCAUCUAGUGCCGGUGUGGGCAUCGAUGACUACGAUAACUAUGUAGAGGAGGAACAGGAUGCUUACGUGGACGAGGGAUCGGUUGGCGGUAGCUUGUCUGACGACUUCCGUGUUGAGAUGGUGCGGUCCGAGGCGGUACCUCACCUACAGAGCAUUGCGGACCGGAUGAUUCGGGCAAGGUACGAGAAGGAGUGCUGCCAGACCUAUAGCAGUGUCAGACGGGAGGUCCUUGAUGACUGCGUUGCCGCCCUGGGGCUCGAGAAAAUGAGUAUUGAGGAGGUUCAGAAGACCGUGUGGACGGAUUUGGACGGGAAGAUGAAGAAGUGGGCGCAGGCAGUGAAGGUCGUUUUCCAAGCUCUUCUGCUCGGUGAGAAAAAACUUUGUGACCAGAUAUUUGAGGUCUCCCCAGUGAUUGGAGAUAUUUGCUUCACCGAAACCGCCAAAGGGUGCGUGAUGCAGCUGCUGAAUUUCGCAGAGGCAGUUGCAAUUGCACAAAGGUCACCUGAGAAGCUGUUCAGGGUACUUGAUAUGUAUGAUGCUCUAUCAAACGUCAUGCCUGAAUUGCAGGUAAUGUUCCCCGAGGAACCUAGAGAAUUUUUAUGUGGCGAGGCAGAAUUGAUAUUAAAGAGGCUGGGGGAUGCUGCAAAGGACACACUGGCUCAGUUUGAGAAAGCGGUUCAGACUGAGACUUCGCGGAAACCUAUGAUAUUUGGUGACAACCAUCCUUUAACACGUUAUGUGAUGAAUUAUUUGAGAUUGCUCAUGGAUUAUGAAAGAACUCUCAAUGAUCUUCUUAAUGAAGGUGAGAGAGAUGUUGACGAUCUUCCAGAAGUGAAGAAUAAUGAAGAAAAUCAGUUUGGAGGGAGCAUGUCUCAAUUGGGCCACCAUGUUCUUUCAACAAUCUCUUGUCUGGAAUCCAAUAUUGAAGAGAAAUCCAAACUUUAUGACGACAAAGGAUUGCAGUAUGUGUUUCUGAUGAACAACAUACAUUACAUUGUCCAGAAAGUGAAGGAUUCUGAGCUCCGAACCGUGCUGGGGGAUAACUGGGUUCGUAAGCGCCGUGGUCAGAUACGCCAAUAUGCUAGGCUCUAUCUUAGAGCUUCUUGGAGCAGAAUCCUUUCUUACUUGAGAGAUGAAGGUAUGAGUGGUAAUGGAGGCGGUAGUAACACGUUCAAGGUUGCUCUCAAGGAGAGGUUCAAAAAUUUCAAUCUUGCAUUUGAAGAGAUUCACAGAAACCAGACAACCUGGAAUGUUACAGAUCUUCAACUCCGGGAGGAGCUCAGGAUUUCUAUAUCAGAUAUGGUGAUUCCGGCUUACCGUUCUUUUACAGGCAGGUUUGGCAGCUAUUUGGAGGGUGGACGAAAUUCAGCGAAGUACAAAAAAUACACACCAGAGGAUUUGGAAAGAUGCAUAUUGGAUUUAUUUGAAGGCUCAUCUGGGGCUUCUAGCUAUUCGAGGAGAAGACACUAG